AUGGCCGCAGUGUGGCAACAAGUGCUGGCUGUCGACGCGAGGUACAACGCCUACCGCACGCCCAGCUUCCCGCAGUUCCGCACCCAGUACAUCCGGCGGCGCAGCCAGCUGCUGCGGGAGAACGCCAAGGCCGGGCACGACCCCGGCGCCCGCAAGCUGUACCUGCGGCUGCGCGCCCAGCUCCUGGCGCAGCGCUACGGGCCCCUCUCUGAGCAGAGCAGCUUCCGCGCCUACAGCAACAGCAUCGUCCGCAGCAGCCGCACCACGCUGGACCGCAUGGAGGACUUUGAGGAUGAUGCCCGGGCGUUGGGGGCCCGUGGCCAUCGCCGCUCCGUCAGCCGCGGCUCCUACCAGCUGCAGGCGCAGAUGAACCGUGCGGCGUACGACGAGCGACCUCCCGGCAGCGUAGUGCCCACGUCGGUGGCGGAGGCCAGCCGGGCCAUGGCCGGGGACACGACGCUGAGCGAGAACUAUGCCUUCGCCGGCAUGUACCACGUCUUCGACCAGCACGUCGACGAGGCCGUGCCCAAGGUGCAGUUUGCCAAUGACGACAAGCACCUGCUGGCCUGCUGCUCGCUGGAUGGCACCAUCUCGGUGUGCCAGCUGGCGCCCGCCCCGCCCGCCGUGCUGCGGGUGCUGCGGGGCCACAGCCGCGGCGUCUCCGACUUCGCCUGGUCCCUGUCCAACGACGUGCUGGUCUCCACCUCGCUGGACGCCACCAUGCGCAUCUGGGCCGCUGGCGAGGGCAAGUGCAUCCGGCAGAUCCCCGACCCCGACGGCGCCGAGCUGCUCUGCUGCGUCUUCCAGCCCAUGAACAACAACCUCACUGUGGUGGGGAACGGGAAGCACAACCUGCACGUGGUGAACAUCUCGACGGGGAAGAAGGUGAAGGGCGGGUCGAGCAAGCUGACGGGCCGGGUGCUGGCGCUCUCCUUCGACGCCCCCGGCCGCCUGCUCUGGGCCGGCGACGACCGCGGCAGCGUCUUCUCCUUCCUCUUCGACAUGGCCACGGGGAAGCUGACCAAGGCCAAGCGGCUGGUGGUGCAGGAGGGCAGCUCCAUCACCAGCAUCUCAGCCCGCUCCUGGGUCAGCCGGGAGGCCCGCGACCCCUCGCUGCUCAUCAACGCCUGCCUCAACAAGCUGCUCCUCUACCGGGUGGUGGACAACGAGGGGACCCUGCAGCUGAAGAGGAGUUUCCAGAUCCAGCAGGACUCCCACCCCGUGCGCAGCAUCUUCUGCCCCCUCAUGUCCUUCCGCCAGGGGGCGUGCGUGGUGACAGGCAGCGAGGACAUGUGUGUCUACUUCUUCGACGUGGAGCGCGCCAGCCGGGCCAUCGUGAACAAGCUGCAGGGGCACAGCGCCGCCGUGCUGGGCGUCAGCUUCAACUGCGACGAGAGCCUGCUGGCCUCCAGCGACGCCAAGGGCAUGGUCAUUGUCUGGCGCCGCGAGCAGAAAUAGGGGCCCCGGACCCACCACCCCGCUCCCCCCAGAGCCGGGCUCCCUAACCCUGGCGGCUGAGGGGCCUGGGUGCCCUCUGACCCCAUGUAACCCUUUGUGGUCCUUGCCCCCCCGCGUCGUGUCUUCUCCCUUGGGGUGGGGCCCCCCUGUGCUUCGCCCGCUUCCUCCCUCCCUCCUGCGAGCCAGGACGCCUGGGUUCUCUUGCUGGCUCUGGCCGGGGGGGGGGCCUCAGGCUGCUGGUGGGACUGGGGCAGGUCCCAGAGCUGCUGGCCCCCCUGCUGGUAAGGGGUUACAUUAUUUCCCCUGGGGGGGCAGGCCGCCAUUGCUGCCAUGUGUGGGCAGGUUGACCUACAGCCCUGCUUGAUGCUGCUGGCUCUGCCCAGAUCCCCGGGGGGGCCUCUGUGCGCGGGCCCCCCCCCAGCCAUAGCCGUGGUACACGCAGGCAGAGGCAGCCUCUCGGAGUCUGUUCCCUCGGGCUGCCCUCGCUCCCCAGGGGUACGCUGCUGGCAUGUCCCUUUGGGUCACAGCGGCCGCAGAGCCUCCGGCCUAGAUAGCAGGACGCCUGGGUUCCAUGGCUGGGCCAAAGUCCCUGUGCCUCAGUUUCCCCAUCAGUAUAAGAGGGUGAACGAUACUGACAGGACCUGAGAGCUGCUGCUGGAAAGCGCUAGCAGAGGCCAAGUGUUACUAGGGGCUCCCUCCUCUGCCUUGGUGCCUGCUGCCUUCUGCUGUCCCCAGCCCCCCGACUCAAUACCCCACAGCCCCCAGGAGGCCUGGUUCUCACAGGGGUGGAUUCAGGCAGCUGAGGUCCCUGCCUUGUGCCAGCGGUGCUGGAGAAGGGCUCCCGUGCUGAUGCCAGCAUGGGAGGGAGGGCCAGGGCUGGACAUAUCUGCGGCCUGUGGAACUAGGGCCAACGGGCCCAUUUAACCCUCACCUUCCAUACAAAUAACAUCUGGGGUUUGGACCAAUCCCAAAUGUGAGAGUAUAAAAGGACAGUUUGCCCAGCACUGAGAUGCAACCACCUCUGGGGCGGGACAGCUAGGGAACAGCUGUGUAUAACGCAUCAUGGGGCAGCUUGCCCAGCACUGAAAAUGCAACAACCUCUGGGGAACAGCCACACAGCAAAACUGUCGGCCAGUUUAGGACAGGAAGUGAAGCAAACUCCUCCAUCUGAGUUAGUUAAAUCCAAAUAAUCUUUUCUCUGCACUAGCACCCCUCAGUGCUGGGGAAGAGCGGCCCCCCCCCUCCCCACUG